CCUACAUUCAUCAGGUGACUCUCCUGCCUUCCUCGCUCUCCAUCUCUCUCCGAUCCAGAAGCAGCCAUGCCUUCAAAAAACACCGCAGCCAGCAUGUUCGGUGGAGCCGGGGGAAGGGGCUCCAGGGCCUCCGUCGCCAGCCUGGAGGGGCUGCGCAACAUACUGCGUAACGAGACGGAGAAAGACUCCGCACCCCCAGCUCCAGCACCUGCCGCUCAGCCCCCGGCCCCCGCAGCCCCCGCGGCCCCCGCGGACGACAAGCAGACUCUGCGGGGUCUGAACGACAGGCUGUCCGGAUACCUGGGCAGGGUGAGGCAGCUGGAGAAGGAGAACGGAGACCUUCAGAAGCAGAUUGAUGACAUUUUGGCCAAGAGGAAAACUCCAGCGGGACGGGACUGGGAAAAGGUGGAGAAACCUUUGGAUGACCUCAAGAAGCAGAUCAAAGACCUGACCUUGGACAAUGCUAAGCUGCUUCUCCAGAUUGACAACACCAAUCUUGCUAAAGAUGACUUCAAGGAAAAGCUGGAAGAUGAGAAAAAGGACCGCAAGGAGCUGGAAAAGGACUUGGAGGAUCUGAAGAAGACCAUUGAGGACACCAAGAUGAACGUCAAGCAGACGCAGAAGGAGAUCGACCUGGUGAAGGAGGAGAUCGCCCGCCUUGACCAAGAGCACAAAGAGGAGGUUGACGUCCUGCGUGAGAAGAUCAAGGACUCUGAGGUGACUGUGGAGAUCGACUCCCUCAACUCAAACCUGGCAGAGAUGCUCAACAAGGUCCGAGGCCAGUACGAGAAGCUCGCCAAGAAGAACCUGAAGGAGACUGACGACUGGUAUCAGAGCAAGUUCGACCACAUCAAGGUGGAGGAGGCCCAAACCAACGAGGCCUUUGUGACCGGAAAGACAGAGCUCAAGGAUCUGCUCAAACAGAAACAAACUCUGGAAAUUAAAAUCCAGAGUCUGCACAGCAUGAUCAACAAUCUGGAGGAGACCCUGCAGUCCACCAAAGUGGAGUACGGUCAACGCCUGGGCCCCCUCAACAGGAUGAUCCUCGACCUGGAGAAAGAGCUGAAGGAGGUCAGGGCAGAGGUGGAGCGCCUGGUCGAAACCAACAAGAACCUGCUGUGUGUCAAGAUGAAGCUGGAGGCGGAAAUCGAUAACUACCAGCAGCUGAUUCAUGGCAUGACGGCUGAGCCUGAAAGCUCGGACCUUUCUUUAGAGGACGCGCUAAGUAGCGACCAACAAAAGCCUAAGACAGAGGUCCCAGAGGAGCAGGUAAAAGUGAAAGAAGAAGUCCUUGUGGAGCAAGAAGGUGCACCCUCCUCCCAAUCUGCUACCCCAAAAGCCCCUGAGGAUGCCCCGACUACUGAAGGAAACCCCAUCAAGGAGGAAAAGGUUGCUGUCGACAAAGCAGCAGCUCCGCCAAGCACCAGCAAUACUAAAAAGAAAGCGCCCAAGAAAAACAAAAAGGAUUCAUCCUCUUCUUCUUCUUCCUCCUCCUCCUCCUCCUCCUCUUCUUCGUCCUCCUCCUCUUCUUCCUCUUCUUCCUCUUCCUCCGACGAUGAAGAUCAAAAGGCCAAGAAUGAGGCUAAAGUGGCCAAAGCCUGAUUCACAAUCGGUUCUUUUUACUGCUCUGUAUCAUGACAGUCUGUCUGUAGACUUGUAAAGCUGCCACGAGAUUGCUGUGGUGUGUUUUCCUCAAACGUCAUGAAAUAAAAUACAUUUGAUUUCAAAAGAA